AUGCGAGUAUGCUUUGAAAACUUUGCUUCAGAGCACGAUAUGUGUAUCAAUCAUUCUUGUGCAAAUAACGCCACCUGUGUUAAUGGACCAAACAAAACCUACAAAUGUGAGUGCCAGAAGAACACAGUCGGCACCUACUGUCAAUUCGCUUGUGAACCCAAUCAAUGCUCGGGUAAUGGAACAUGUAUAAUGCGAAUUGAUGGUAGGGUCGGAUGCAAAUGCGAUCCAGGAAUUACAGGAUUACGGUGCGAAAGAGAAAUCGAUGAAUGCCGACGGAGUAUGUGCCAGAACUCGUUGAAAUGCAUCGAUAAAUUCAAUGAUUACGAAUGCGUAUGCAUGGACGGCUGGAUUGGGAAAAAUUGCGAUCGCCCUUGUCAAGACAUUUAUGGUUCGUGCAAAAUGUGGAAACGUGAAGGACAAUGUGAGAUACCCCCUGAAGAAACUGCAUUUUUCGUGCUAAACUGUCCGGAAUCGUGCGAGAAGUGCGUACCUCGGAAUGACACAAGCUUCAAUUCCCGCUCUUUUGAUUAUCCGAUGGAUUUCAAUGCGACAGGAUACGGUGAGACUAUAACGUUUUCUGUGGCGAAACCAGUGAUGUUCGGAACGCCAAGCAUAAACUUUACGUCACGCGCUGUGAGCGACGACAAUCCAGACGAUGUUCAUGUGCACAAUGGAUUCCUCACAAUUCGGCAAUAUCCACCAGUUGGAGACACCACGAUCAAGAUCGCUCUAACAAGUGUGAACAAUCAAGGAUUGACGUUGAUCGAAGAAGGGCCGAUGAAUUUCGCUGAGAAUACCAGCGGGCCGAUUCUCAAUUUGACGCCGAUCUACGUUAAAGCGCUUGAAGGAACUACCCAUUUUUCAAUGAAGAGGUGGUCACGAUCAUUUGUACGGAAAGGCCCUCGAUUGAUCCAAUCGGUCUCCAAGGAGAACAACGGCAGGAAGAUUAAAUUUAGAAAAACCUAUGAGCGGGUUCGAGAAUUCGAUUUUUUAUGA